CCGCCGGGCUGGGGCCCGCCGAGGGGCCGCCCGCACGGCAGCGGCCCCCGGGAUAGCGGGGGCGAGGCGCCCCGAGCCUGUGUGUGUGUGUGUGAGUGUGUGAAUGCGCGGCGCUGCGCCCGGGCGGUGCGGGGAUCCUUUGUCUGCCGCCGCUUUCCCCUCCUCCCUCCCUCCCUGCCCUCGCUCUCCCGGUGCCUCUCGCUCUCUCCUCCCUCCCUCCCUCCCUGCUCGCUCCCUCCCUUCCUUCCCCUCGCUCCCAGGCUCCGAGCGCUGCUGCAGCUGCAGGUUUGUAAAUACUGGACCAACACACGCACACACACACACACACACACACACACAACAUGGCUGACGCUCGCCCUGCUCCUCCACCAGGCUCUCCGCCUUCUCCCUCUGUCUCCGCCGCUUAGCCUCAUCUCCGAUUAGGCUUUUGUUUCUUCCCCCUCCCCCCCCUCGUCUCCCAUCCAAAAAAAAAAAAAAAGGAGGAAAAACAAUUCACCCUCCUUAUUGCGCGCAUGGCGGGAUUUCAAGGAGUGAUAUAACUGAAAGUGCGUCUUCUGCAUUUGAAGAACAAAUUUGUGAUUGAAUAGUGGAUUAAUAAGUAGCUGUUUUAUUUCAUAAGAAGAUAUCCUGGGAUCUGGGAAGAACUGGAUUUUCACCCUAGUCCAGCAGCUUUGCUGCUCACUUAAACACAGAUGAAUGAAGACCCCAUUUGGAAAAUCACCAGGUCAGCGGUCCAGAGCUGAUGCAGGUCAUGCAGGAGUCUCUGCCAGCAUGAUGAAGAAAAGAACUUCCCACAAAAAGCAUAGAAACAAUGUGGGACCAAGCAAACCUAUUUCUCAGCCACGAAGAAACAUUGUAGGCUGCAGAAUACAGCAUGGAUGGAAAGAAGGGAGUGGACCUGUAACACAAUGGAAGGGCACAGUUCUUGAUCAAGUUCCUGUAAAUCCCUCUCUUUAUCUUAUAAAGUAUGAUGGAUUUGAUUGUGUGUAUGGACUAGAACUGCACAAGGAUGAAAGAGUUUCAGCACUUGAAGUCCUUCCAGACAGAGUUGCUUCAUCUCGAAUUAGUGAUGCCCACCUGGCAGACACAAUGAUUGGCAAAGCUGUCGAACAUAUGUUUGAGACAGAGGAUGGCUCAAAAGAUGAAUGGAGGGGGAUGGUCUUGGCUCGAGCUCCUAUUAUGAACACGUGGUUUUAUAUUACCUAUGAGAAAGAUCCUGUCUUGUACAUGUACCAACUUUUAGAUGAUUAUAAAGAAGGUGACCUUCGCAUUAUGCCUGAUUCCAAUGAUUCACCUCCUGCAGAACGGGAACCAGGUGAAGUUGUGGACAGCCUGGUAGGCAAACAAGUGGAAUAUGCCAAAGAAGAUGGCUCAAAAAGGACUGGCAUGGUCAUUCAUCAAGUUGAAGCCAAACCAUCUGUCUAUUUCAUCAAGUUUGAUGAUGAUUUCCAUAUUUAUGUCUACGAUUUGGUGAAGACAUCCUAGACAUCAUUGUGAACUUUUGCCAAAUUUGUGGAACUAUUAAAUGUAAAAUUUGUAGACACAAAGACUUGACUGCUUUCCAGUUUAAUGAAAGCUUAAAUGUCCCUGCGAACCCACAAUCUCUGCCAGCAAAACUGUUUUGUUCUGAAUAAUACAAAAAAAUGUAUGUGAACGUGACACAUUUUGUGUGAGAGAACUCCUUUUCUUGAAGGAAGUCAAUAUAUCUGGGCAGGAGGGAGUUAAAAGCAAAGAACAGCUGCAAAUUCAAGCUGUGUAAAGUUGAUCUAGUAUUGUAAUCAUUAAUCUAAAUUUUUUUUCAUAGAUUUUAACUUUCUUCAACCUUGCACUCACCUGUUCAACUGCCACAUGCAAGUGUAGUUUGAUAUUUUGAUAUGCCUUCUUUUGUAACAUUAAAUUUAAUUUCUUGGCUUCUGGCAGUCCUUGUUUUCAGGGUUGGGACAGAGUUGACUUUUCUGAAAGGUUUGAACAGUUUGUGCAGCAUUAAGGAGUGCCUAACCCAAGUAACACCAAUCUGCUGUGUUUCUACACUUUAUUUCAAAUUCAGCUUUUUAAGAAUUGCAGUACGUGGAAAUACUUGUGCAUUUUCAGUAGUCACAGGGCAGUAGGAUAUCAAGUGUUUGACUUAUGCACCUUUCAGUGAAAAGGCUUUAAACUAUAAAAGUAUAUUUAAUCUGUAUAACCAGUUAAUUAGAAAAUGCAGGUUAAUGGCCCAUAUUUACAAGUUGUAGGAACCAGUAAAAUACAUGCAACAAGGCUGCCUUCAAUCCUAAAUGUUGUAUUUCUGUAUUUGUUUGUUAUAUACACUUCUUAGCAAAACCCAAGUGCUUGGUGCCACAAGUUUAGCAGUAUAUAUGCUACUUCAGAAGACUUUAGACUACACAUUGGCAAUCAGUAGUCUCUCAUUUAAUAUCAAAACCUAGCAACUUGAAUGUUUGUGUGUGGACUUAGAUGCCUAACAGUAGCUAAUAUUUUACACGGUAAAUACAAUCUCAGAAAGGGGAGGGGGGAGAUGGGAGUAAUUUUUUUUUUUUUUACUGAAGACAACUUUAGAGAAGGAGAGGCAUUUGUCGCCUUCUGCUCAGUCUGUUGCAUUCCUUUUUGGUUGUUGUUUGUUUGAUUUCUUUUCGUUUGCUUGUUUCUAACCAUUUUGUUUUAAGAAGGCAUCUUCCCAACUUAUACUUUUUCUGGCUUUCCCACAUAAGGAGUGUCUGGACAAAUCUACAGCUUAAACCUGUUGCCUUUUGUGGUGUACAUUGUACUUGCUUUGAGGUAUGCUGUUAACGUGAAUUUCAUUCUAUGAACACUAGAGUUCUGCAUGCCAGUGGUGUACUAUCUAAUGGAAGCUAUAGGCAGUCUCAGUGGUUCAGUCAUCUGCAUUAGAUUGUGGAUGUAAAUAGCAGCCCACAACAGCAAAAUCCUUUCACGGUUUUAAUCUUGCAAGAUAGUUGUAAAUGAAGAUUAAGGUUGUUUUUUUGUGUGUGUGUUUUUGUUUGUUUUUGUUUGUUUUGUUUUGUUUAAGUGUGGCAGCUUUUGAAAGUAUCAGAAUGGUAACAACGAUCAGCACAGCAACAAAAUUGUCAUGUUACAUUAAGGCAGAGCUCUGCAAGUUUCAAAGAACUGCUUCACAGAAAUGCAGUUUGUGAAGACAGUCAGCACUGCUGAUGGAAGGAACGAAUACACUGAUAUCCGCCCUUGUGCCAUUAGUGGAAGGAUGCAGGAGAGGUGCUGUUAAUCAGAGAACAGAGGUCUGUAUGACCUCAACUGUGGGUAUUCUUGAUACCGAAGACUCAGUGGUUUAAGCCCCUUUCUGUCCAUUUUUUUUGCCUGAUUUCAUAUUUUAGCCUUAAGGCUUGUGCCUCAUUAUGCUGUUGAAUGGUAAUAAAUACUCACCAUAUAAAUAUAAUACCUUAAUUCUUUGUCCAUUGCUACUAUAUUGCAUUAUGUCCAGUAUUUCAUCAUGGGCAACCAAAGGCAGGCUAUUGUAUUUCAGUGAAUAGCUUCUCAAUGCAGUCCUUAAUUCUAAGUACCCGAGUCGUAAGUGUUCCUUGUGUUUUGAACAAAGUGAGCAGAUUUGCAACACAGUGUUUCAUCCUGCAGAUCUGUUAUGUGUUUUCUAUUGACUCUUAAGAGUCCUGCAUGUAAAUCUCAAAGCUGAGCCUGGCUCCAUGAGCCCAAGUUGAUAUUUGUGGCACAAGAAUGAGUGAGUGUAUUGAUUAUACACAAGACACAGAAAUAACCUAGAACACUGAAUUUGGGGCUAUACGUCUGAGGAAUAUGAGGUUUGGUUUGAAAUGUCUGAGGUUUAGGUCUACUGGAACAUUUUUAGCAUUAGGCUUGCAUUUGUGGGUUUUCUGCAAGCCACUUUAAUACACCACAUAUUAUGCCAAUUAGAGUAUAAUCUACAAACUGUAAAUUUUAUGGUUGUUUUUACAUGUCCCCGUUGUCUGUUGUGCAGGUAUUUCUUUUCAUCUUUUUUCCUCUGCUUUUUUUUUUUUUGUUAGCUUAAACCACCUUUUUGAGGCUUGAGACUAAUUCCACUCCCUGCCCAUCUGCUUUGGGCUUUGUUUUAGGCUCAUGUUUCAGAUCUGCAUGCAGUGCUUGCGUUACCCUGGUAACUAAAUGUUGGUUCCUUGUUCUAGGGGUUCAACAUUACUUUCCAAAAUUACAUAGGGCUUGUGAUGGCACAGGCCAUGGAUCUUUGUAUAAAAGUUAUUGGCCUUUCACAUUUACCUGCUGUAGUAUUGUUGUAUAUUGUGUGUGUGCGUGUGUGUGAUGUCAGGCUGCCAUGUAAAACUUUUUAAAAGGAAAAAAAAAAAGUUAAAUGCAGACCAUCCUUUUUUGCAUGCUUAGAGGGUUAGAACGUUCAAUGUAACAAACUAAAGUUGCAUGUUAAAAAUGUUUAGGUUUUGGUUUUGUUCUGUUUUUAUUUUGUGUUCAGUUUUUUGUGAAUUUGCUUAUUGUGCUGUUUUAAUGGUUGUUAGUAGGAUUAAAUGCACCGGUGAGACGAGCAUAGUGCCAACGGAAGGUAAUUUUCCAGUUGUAUGUGUCAUACAGCAUUUGAAGGGACCACAUAAUCUGUUAAAGAAUAAAUAAGACCACAACUGAUCAGUAAAACACUACAUUUUUUACUUUUCUUUUGAGUGCCAAACCCUAAACUAGGUAGGAAUAGAUUCUGGGGAAACCCCUUUUUAUUGCAACAGGUAGAUGCCUUCAUUAAAUCAUUUAAAAAUGGAGGCUUUAUCUUCAGAUAGAAUUGAUUAGUUGCUUGUGGGGAAAGAAUUACAUUAAAAACAGUUCCUGGUUCCUUGGAAAUGCUGUGCUUUUUGUAUUUUACAUCAUUAGUGCAAUUUGGAUGGUUCUUGGUAUGUGUAUAGUUCAAAGGUCUUCGUGUUCACAUUUUAAAAUUAGGUAAUGACUUCAUCCUUAGAGCUUGGUUUCAUUAUUUUUAUUUUAUUUUGAACAAUGUAGACAGUUCCCUGUUCUCUGCAUUUAGAAGUAUAAACACUUUAAAUCUGUUACUUAAUUCUGUAAGUAAUUUUUAUAAUUAUGAUGUAACUCUAUCCUUAAAACAUUUAAAAUAAACCCUUUAUGUGCAACUUAUGACUGUAAACUUUGUUCUCAUGAGCAAAAUGUAGUGAUGUGAUUUCAGAUUGUGAAGAAGCAUUUUCUUCAGUUUUCUAAUUAAAAAAGAUUUAUUAUUUUAAUGUUGAGCCAUGUAUGCUGGUAUAACACCCUAUGAAAUAAGGUUGGUUGUGAAGCUAAAUCUUUAUUCUUUUUUUCCAAGUGAGUAUAAACGCUGAUAAGAUGGAACAUGACUAUGGUAAAGCAUACUGCUUAAAUUGUAUUUUACCAAACAGAGAAAAUUUGCUGUUUGAGGGAUUACACUCUUCUGUGAGGGAGCAUCUAUUUCCAGAGCACACAAAAAGUAUUUCAGUGGUGGUGAAUAAUAGAAGCAUUUGGCAAUGUUUAAGUGAUACAUUUGUUUGCUUUGAAUUAAUAUGCUUAAUUCUUUUUCCAUUAAAAAGUAGAUCCAAAUUAGAGGUGAUGAGUCAUGAAUAGAAUUAACAUUACCAUGCUUCAAGUUUUCUUAAGCCAUGGAGGUUUUUCAGACUGUCAUAUGAAGACGUACUACUUUUAUGUUGCUAAAUUAACCAAUGCAGACUUUCAAUAUUGAAGAGAUUUUCUUUAUUCUGCCUUCUUCCUUUAUAGCACAGUGGAAAGUAUUGUAUAGGUACCCUGAUAUACAUAUUUUGGCACCAAGUUUAGAAAGCUCAUUAGAUGUAUGCAGAAGAUCAUGCAACAUACCAGUAUGCAGUUGGGAUGAAUACCCAAGCUUCUUCAGUUCCCUUAGUUCAGAGUCCUGUUUAUUGUAUCGUGUUGCCUGAGAGACUGGUCCCUGUGUGUAUUGUGUAUAUCUGCCAAUUAGGGAGAAUCUAAGACUUGGUUGAGCAAAAUCAUCAUUAAAAAACAGAUGUUAAUCUGUGUGAGUGGCCUACAUUAAAUUAAGGUUAAAAAUAGAUACACAAGCAUUUAACUAAUGUCUGAACCUAUUCUGUAUUACAGCUGUUGAACCAACAUCAGUUUUGUAGUAUUCUUUUAUCUUUUCAUGAAGGAAGUAAUCAUGAAAACAACAUUUUAGUUCUCUAUUCCUGUAGUAAUAUGAAAGUGUCCCUGAAAGCUGGUUGCUUGGAAGGCCAUUUACAAGCAUUUUAAAUGUCUAUGUUUUGAAGACAGUAACGCCAACAGACUUUUGAGUUGGGGAUGGGAGUCUUAGCUGGAGCUACAUCUUCAAUACUGCUGUACUCCAUUUCCACAUCUGCCAGGUUCCUUCUUGAACAGGCUAUUUUCAGAAAGAAAUAGUUUUUUCCUCUUUGCUCAGUGAGAUAUUUAUUUUGAAAUCUAAAGUAUUUUUUUUUUUUAGUAUUCAUUCUGUAUGCAGUUGAUCCACUGAUGACUUCAGCAGAUUCCAUUGCUUAUAGGAAAGUAUAAGCUUUAGUAAGGGUAUGUUGGAGGAGCUUGGGCUGAUGCAAUUUAUGAUAAUGAAGGUCUCAAAGGAGAAGUAAGAACAGGGUUGAGAAAAUGGUAGGUAUGUUAUUUCAUCCUUAAGCACUGGAUAAUAAAUAAUAAUAAUAACUUAUUGCAUGCUUAGAUUUACUUUUUCUAUGUGGUUUGAGCAGACUUUUUUUCUUAAGAAUUUGCCACCUUGACUUGACAUUUAAGAGUCUUGCUUCUGAUAAUAAAGCAGUCACAAAAAUCACAAGAUGUUUGGAAGGGACCUAAAAGACUUAAUUCCGCUGGCCCUGCCAUGGGCAGGGACACCUCCCAUUAGACCAGGUAGUCCAGGGUUCUAUGUCUCUGUACAUCAUUAUCCAAUGUGUAGCAUCCAUGCUGCAUUUAAAUUACAUCAGGCUGCUGUGAUAUGCAUUUGUCAGAAUUGUUUUCAGCGUGGAAUAGCAGCUUUUACAAUGUCACAACUAAUAUUCUUGCAUGGUUCAUUAUGUAUUUUUUCCAUGUAUGUUAUAUUCUAAUACACUCUUCUGUAAUUAUCCUUGAAAAGUCACCACAACUUAAAGCACACUUUAUGCUACUUUUAAGUGCAAAUUCAGGUUAAAUUGAUACUAUUUCAUGUAACUAGCUACUAUGUUGAGAGAGGAGAGAGGUUUGUUUUGUUGCUGUUUUUCCCCUCCUCCCUUACAAUGUGUGGAUGAUGUGACUGGGGUUUUUAGUCCUUUAAAUAUGAGGAAGGAAAAGUAACAUCCUUUUGCCACACUGGAACCAGGUUUUGAUUUGCUGUUUUUAGUCUCGCUGCACUAACUAGUUGGACUAAACUGUAGCAGAACUGCGCUAACUGUACGCAUGAUACAUACCUUUGAGCUUGAUUGUUGGAUGACUUCUUAAACUAUCUUCAUGAAGACUUUGGUCUUCCAUUGGAGUCAUAUGCCCUGGGAAUACUGGUGGUUGUGCUUUCUGUAAAAGUUCUAAAUAAAUGGGUUUUAAAACAC